AUGCAGUGCGAAAGCGCUAAAUUCUUGGACAAUCCUUUUACUAUGAAGGAGUUACUCUUAGCUAUUGAUUCAGCCAAAACUAGAUCAGCUCCAGGGGCCGACCCGAUUGACUAUAACAUCAUUAAGAACUUAACACCGGAUACGGUCUUUCUGUGCUAUUACAAAUCUAUAACAACCUUUUUUGUCAAGGAAUUUUCCCUGCGGAAUGGAAUAAGUCAAUGGUCGUCCUUAUCCCUAAACCAAAUGGAAAAGGGCGCCUUCAUUAAUAACGCCCUUACUAUAUGUGCAUUUUUGGACAUCGAGGGAGCGUUCGACAACAUGAUUCCUUCUAUUUUAAUUGAAGAUUUACAACGUCUUGGGAUCCCGCCCAAAACUGUUAAAUUCAUAAGUAACCUUCUUUUCAACAGACAAAUCACGUUCAUUUGUGAUGGCGUGCUUAAAGGUCCAUACAUCACUUUGAAAGGUACUCCUCAAGAGGGCUUGGAAGUUUCCCCCUCAAAAACCCAAUGGAUGCUCUUUACAAAGAAGAGACAGGACAUUGAACUACACAUUCAGAACAUAGAAAUUCCUAGAGUACAAUCUGUCAUCUUUCUGGGCUUCACUCUCGACCCCAAGUUGAGCGGCAAAGAGCAUCUAAAAACCUUGGUUAAUAAGAGACAUAAUCUUACUAAUAUAUUAGCAGCUCUCGCAGGCACUAAAUGGGGAUCUCAUCCAAGCUUACUUCUCAUUCUUUAUAGAGCUGUAUUUCGCUCUGCUAUCGAAUACGGAUGUCAAGUGUUCAAGCUCAAGGGCAAUAAGACAGAAUUUUUACAAUUGGAAAGAUUAGUCAACAGAAACCUGCGUCUUGCUUUCGGAUUCCGACUAUCUACACCUAUUAGCGUCAUUAUGGCCGAAGCAAAGGAAACUCCUCUUAACAUUAGAUUUGGCUAUAUGACCUCGAAGUUCAUCUAUAAGGCUUUCUCCAGGAAGAACUCCCCAGUGCUAUACAGCUUUGAAAGCUUGGAACAGGCUGCAUACUCCCCCUCAAGAAGACAGCGGGCCCUAGCUGUACCCGCGUUCAAAAACUAUAACCACAAUCGCGGUCCCAUUAUUUACACCGAUGGCUCUAAGACCGUUAGAAAGGAUCGCGUGGGCUUCACAAUCUAUUCACCAGAUCUUAACGUUGCAUUCAAGUUCAAGCUUCCUCCGGAGACUUCAAUUUUCUCAGCCGAGUCUUGGACUAUCCUUCAGGCGAUUAAUCUUAUUGAAGAUCGAUGUUGUGACGAGGCUUCCAUCUGUUCUGACUCUUUAAGUGCUCUUCAGGCAAUAUCGUCUCACAAUUCUAGAAAUGCGAACCAUAUUACAUUAGAUAUUAAGGAUCGUCUGUCCUUUUUAACGCAACAUGGUUUCAAAAUUAAUUUUAUUUGGACUCCUGGUCAUAAAGGUAUAAUCAGUAAAGAGACUGCAGAGCACCUUGCCAAUGAGGUCGCCCUUAGUGGACACCGGCCUAAAUUUAAAAUACCAUUUCAAGACUUUUUUAUGAUCUCCAAGCAAUUCCUCAAUACUAAAUUUCAAGCACACUUAGAUCAUUGCGCAACAUUUAAAGGGCAGCUAUAUGAUGAUUUUAUAGAAAUAACUCAGCCAAGCCCUGAUUCUAUCAUAAGACUCUUAAAAGAGAGGAGAUCGUCAUCAUCUCCAGAAUUAGAUCUAACCAUUAUAAUCUAG